AUGUUGCCAUUGAUGGAGUUUAUGAAAUCUUUAGGGAAAGGCUCUUAUGGUUCCGUCGAUCUCAUCAGAUUCACAAAACUCGACGGCUCGAAUCCGUAUUACCACGCCGUGAAUAGCUCCUACGCUCAAGACUUCGAUUCUCUCCACAAAGAGUUUCAGAUUCUUUCUAAACUCAGAGAUUGUCCGAGAAUCGUGCGAACCUUCGGGACAUCUCUGUCGCGAGGAGUCGAUGAUUACGGAAUUAGGGUUUACAAAUUAUCGAUGGUGUAUGCAGCUGCAGAAAGUUUAUUUUCUUUCAUGGAAAGAACAUUAUCUGAAUCUAUGAUCAGAGAUUUCACGAUUAUGAUACUCGAAGGACUUGUCUCUGUUCAUAACCUCGGUUAUGUUCAUUGCGAUCUUAAACCGGAGAAUAUCCUCGUGUUUCCUCAUUACGAAUACGAAAAAGAUGACCUUGGUGGAGUGAUAUUGAAACUGAAAUCGUCAUAUGAAUUGAAAAUUUCGGAUUUUGAUAUGUCGACAAAGUUGGAGAGAUUCCACAGUCUGUUCCUUGGGACGCAAGGCGUUUCUACAAACGUGUUUCGCAAGGAAUCCGAGGGAGAGAGGAAGUGCUUCGGAGCUGUUGAAGCAUCCGUUUCAGCGGAAAGUUGUUGA